UGUUGUGUGUGUGGUUUUGUGUGUGUGUGUGUGUGGUGUGUGUGUGUGUGUGUGUGUGUGUGUGUGUGUGUGUGUGUGUGUGUGUCAGAAAGGGGAGAAACAGCGGUUUAGUUUUUGAAUGUCAAAAAGAAAUGUAGUGGGUCAUUUCACUAAGUCGUAGUUUGCGGCUACACACACACACACACACACACACACACACACACACAUUGUGCAACGCUGAAGCGGCUUCACAGCGACUGAACUCCACUCAGGGGCAUGGAGGCGAACAGUUCAGGACUCAUAAGAAAAAGACGACGAGAGGAACCAAAUGGAGACACGGACAAAGACGUCCGAGGUGGAAAAACAGCAAGGACUUCGAACCUGACAGAACCUGCACCUUUUUCUGAUCAGCUGGAGUCCACACCAUACACUCGUGUUAACCUAAAGGAAGCCCGUGAUGGCACACCAGUGCGUGUGUACGCUGACGGGAUUUUUGACAUGUUUCAUUCUGGGCACGCUCGAGCCCUGAUGCAGGCGAAAUGUCUUUUUCCAAACACUCAUCUCAUUGUGGGCGUGUGCAGUGAUGCUUUGACACACAAGCUGAAAGGCUUUACUGUAAUGAACGAGGACGAGCGGUACGAUGCAGUGAGUCACUGUCGCUAUGUGGACGAGGUGGUCAGGGACGCCCCGUGGACCCUAACACCAGAGUUCCUGGCCGAACACAGAAUUGACUUUGUUGCCCAUGACGACAUCCCGUACGUUUCAGAUGAGAGUGAUGACGUUUACAAGCACAUAAAGGAGGCUGGCAUGUUUGCACCUACACAAAGGACAGAGGGCGUCUCUACCUCUGACAUCAUCACACGCAUCGUCCGGGACUACGAUGUUUACGUUCGACGCAAUCUGCAGAGAGGCUACACUGCCAAGGAGCUUAACGUCAGCUUCAUCAAUGAAAAGAAGUACCACCUUCAGGAGCAUGUGGAUAAGGUGAAGCAGAAGGUACGAGACGUGGAGGAGAAGAGUAAAGAGUUUGUGCAGAGGGUGGAGGAGAAAAGCAUCGACCUUAUCCAGAAGUGGGAGGAGAAAUCGCGCGAGUUCAUCGGCAACUUCCUGCAGAUGUUUGGACCAGACGGGGCACUGAAGCACAUGCUGAAUGAAGGGAAAGGGCGCAUGCUGCAGGCUAUCAGCCCCAGACAUAGCCCCAGCAGCAGCCCCACCUGGGAAGAGCGCUCUCCUUCUCCAACAUUCCGUCUUCCGUUCUUCACCAAAACCCUCCCGUCCGACACACGCAACAUCAGCGAGGACGACGAGGACUAGAGGGCUUAAGGACUGGUAUUCCUGUUUUAACCUCAAGGCAAGAGUGUCUAUUGAGAGUCCUAAACUGUAACACAGCUUUUAGGUUGAUCUAUUGUAGAAGUUUGAUUAGGACCACAGGGCUGCAUUAAUUACAGGGUCAGUAAGACUUCCUGGACUGAAAUGAUUCUUAGAUUUAAUCAGUGUUCGCUUGCAUCUUUUAUACACUUUUGAUUUGUGCACAAGUUCUUCAGUUCAGCAUGACUCUCACUGCACACCACUGUGAAACUUACCGUUACCGUCAAAGCACAUUAGACCAUUGUUUGUUUGCUGGUAGUUUUUUUAACUUCUUAACGGUCCAACAAACAACAAUCCACAUCCACCUGGAAAAAGGAACAAGGGAUAGUUCAGGUAAAAUUGAAAUGGACCACUUUGAGUCACAUCGGGAUUCGGUGUGUGGCUUUAGGUUUAUCGAGGUGCUACAAUGAUCAAUCAAGCGAACAGGUCUGGAAAACUUAUAGCUACCAGUUUAUCAUAUACCACGGAAUCAAAAGUCUAUAUGAAAUAACCGUUUAUAAAAAGUGUCAAUUUUCCGCAUGUAUUUUAUACAUUAUCACUGGGCCCAGUAACGACUAAUAAUGACUUUAGCUAUGUGACGUUUUCUAAAUGCUAAACUGUUAGAUAUCUAAUGCUUGUGAGUUUAAACUAAAACCUAAAGAUGGCUUGCCUGAUUAACUACAUCUGAGGUUUUAGUUUUUUGGGGCCAAAUUGUUCCUUUAAAGCUUAAUACGUUCCUCUUUUUGUUCCAAUGUAAACCACAUGGAGGCUACAAACACUGGAUCUGCUGCCAUUCUGGAGAAACUGAACAUAAUCAUUUCCCUGUGAGGGUGAAAAGUUAUUGCAUGUGUGUUCCGAUGGCAUGCGUGUGCAAAGUCAAAUGACUAUUUUUUUAAGUCUUAAUUUUAUGACUCUAAUCAUAUUUGCUUCAUAAUCAGUGUCUUUCUAAUCUGCCACAAUAAAUGUGUUAUUCCUUUUGCGA